AUGAGUGAAUCCCUUGCUGAUAACUGUUCUGCUAACAAAUCAGAUACUGAGAACGGGGCAGUUGUUGGGGAUGGGUUUUUCAAAGGACAAAUUACUACGGAUAUAGUGAGGUUAGAUAAACAUUUUCGUAGAAUUUGGAGAUCAAAAUUAAGUUUGGAUUCUUAUCCGUUAGACCUCAAACAACUUUGUGAAGAGCUUCAUGAAGAGUUUCGCAAUGAUAAUUCUCUUAAAGAUUACGAAAAGGAAUAUCUAGAAAAGAAGCUUCUAGAAUAUCAAGAUAAGUUUAAUCUGGAAAAUCAAACUGGUGUAAAAAGAUUAUGUAAAGAUUGUAAAAAUUUAACAUAUGCUACUCGGUUUUGUGAAUAUUGCAUUCGAAAUAAGUUGAAGCAAAAUUUUGACAAAUGGGAUUCUGGGGAUAAUAAAAUUAAUAAAAUAAUUCAAGAGGUGCAAAAAAAUGUGGUCUGUCCAUAUCAAAUUGUUGAAUGGAUUCCUUAUGAAAACUUUGACAAUAUAAAGUUAUUUAGUAAUGGUGGCUUUGCAACAGUUUUUACAGCGACAUGGAAAAAUGGAUAUUUUAACGAAUGGAAUUCUAUAACAAAGUCAUUAGAAAGACGUGGUGAACCACAACAGAUAGUUUUAAAACAAUUAAAUUCUAGCACGGAUGACAGUUGGCUUAAUGAGGUAACUUCUCAUUUUUCAAUCGACAAAAUUGCUCAAUAUAUUCUUCCUUGCUACGGAAUAACAAGGAAUCCAGAAACUAAAGAAUUUAUGUUAGUCUUAAAUAUAAUGGAACAAAAUUUACAAGAUUACUUGAUUUACAAUCAAAAUAUUGGAUGGGAGCAAAAAUUCGACAUCAUUUAUGAAAUAACGGCCAGUGGAAUGCGUCCAGAUAUUAAUAUGGGAAUACCAGAAAAAUACAAAACUUUAAUGCAACAAUGUUGGGAUGCAGAUCCGGCAAAAAGACCAGAUACCUUAAAAAUUUGGCAAAGGGAAAUCUUAAAUAUUUCUAAAGAACCGAUUUUUUUAUCCGAAGAUCAAAAAUUACAAUCAAGAAUGUCUACGUCUUGUAUCCUUGCGCCAUUUAAAAAUUCUCCAAAACCUAUUAAUAUUUCGCCAGAAAUCAGUAAUAAAUUAUAUUUAAAUCUUCGGAAGACACAAUUUUAA